GAACGAAGCUGAGUGAGUGGUGACACGGAACCAUAAUGGUGAUGCACACUCGACGAUAACUGAAGUGAGCAUGGCGUCGGGUCAUCUGUGCAGGCUGCACAGCCUACUAACAAGACUUUCCAACGGGAACACACUAUUACGAGCACAAACAUGUUUGGUGCCAGUGCGACACAAGUCCGGUAUCAGUGGUCCUUCACUUGACGGUCCCAACAGUAAUGUGGAAAUUGGCGUGACUUCAGAUGGGAAAACCGUAGUGUGCUACCAUCCAACUGUCGACAUUCCCUAUGAGUUUACCCAGCCUAUAGAGCGUCCAGACCCCCUGACAAACCCGGCUGAGACCCACGACCAGGUUCUAAAGGCUCACCUCAGCAAGGAGGUGCUGAAGGACAAAAAGGGUCCCACUAUAGAGGAGCUGAGCAAGAUGUUUCACACCACCAAACACCGCUGGUAUCCAUUCGGACAGUACCGCACCAGACGCAUUAAAAAGGAUCCCCCAAAGGACAGAUAAUUUAAUCCACAGGACUUUAUUUGGUUUGUGUUUGUGUCAUUGUCAUCAUAAUGUUAAAUAAACUGUAAAAUAUGAA